UUCAUUGAUAUGUGGCUGCUAUGUGGUAUUGUGUGAAUAUUGGGCAUAGAAAUGCAUACACAAUAGUGCCAAGUGUUUUCUCCAUCUAAUGUAAAAAAAGACAUGAUUACAAAACACCAAUGUUAAUAGUAACAGUGUGAAUGUCUAUUGUUAAAGUUCAUUAAAAACCAAUUCGAUUGGAAUAAAAAUUGCAGGGAAAAAGACAUAAACUAAUGACAUAUUGUCAGCAAAUCAAAUUGUGUUGUGUGGUUUUGUGCACUUUUAUAUUUUACUCAUACAAUUAACUUAAUUCCAUCACACAGUGACAGUAUUUCAUUUUUUUUUCUUCAUAUCUUUGAUGUAUUGUACGGGUUAUUCGAUAGCAAAGGCAAUAAAACCACAUAGAUUGUGUGAAAAGAAAAGCGACUCUCAAAGUCAGUGUAAGAAUAUAAUGAACGUGGCUACAUUAAUGUGUUUUUAGCGCAGGUUGACAUUUUCGGAUUUUCUAAUGAAAAAAAAUGUUAAAUUAGUUUUUUUAGUCAUUGUUGGGAUACGUUUUAAAACAAUUUCUUCCUCUAUUUUAUUUCAAUUCUUCUCUACGAUGUUAGUUUAUUCGUUUUAAUAGUGACACAUUUGCGCAAUUGAUUUUUUUUUUUCUUUCUACAAUGAGAAAAGAAAAAAAUUGAAAGACUUGUGAUUUAAAGUGAAAAAAGACGAAAUUGUGGGCGAAAUAGUUUGUUUUCGGUUAAUUGUUGGAUUUGUAGAGUGUGUUGGUGGUGGUGUUCGGGUAAAUACAGAUGGAGAUAUGGCUGAAGCAGUGGCUAAAACAAAUUCGGUCGCAAACAAUGCCAAACCAGACAAUCGAAAUGAUGUGGAGAUGAAAGGAUUUUUACUAAAAUGGACAAACUACAUUAAAGGCUAUCAACGGCGUUGGUUCGUUUUAUCCGGUGGAAUUUUAUCUUACUACAGAAACCAGGCUGAAAUGAGCCAAACUUGUCGCGGAACGAUUUCAUUACAUAGCGCACUCAUACAUACAGUUGAUUCAUGUACAUUUGUCAUUACGAACGGCGGAACGCAAACGUUUCACAUCAAAGCGGGCAACGAAGUCGAACGUCAAAAUUGGGUGACGGCACUUGAAUUAGCCAAAGCGAAAUCAAUCCGAGCUAUUGAAAUCGACGAAGAGGAGGACGACAAGAACGUAUUAUCGGUACCCAGUCAAGAAUUGAAUGCUGCCAUUACGGAGCUUUCAUCGAAAUUGGAAAAUUUACGAACUUGCAACGAUCUUAUAUCGAAAAACGGUCGAGCAUUACAAAACGCAUUGACUGAAUUGGAGAGUGGCGACGAUUUGGCGAGCAAAACCAAACAAGUCACUGAGCGUGCGACACUAUUUCGUAUUUCUUCGAAUGCCAUGAUCAACGCUUGCAGUGAUUACCUUCAUACAGCUGAAAGUCAAGGGCAUAAGUGGUCAAAAAUGUUACAACACGAACGUGAUCAACGGCAACAAUUACAAGAAAUGGUCGAACAAUUGGCAAGACAGCAUUCACAUUUGGAAGCAGCUGCACAUCGUCAUCGGCCAAAUCCGGUGAGUUCGACAACAUCUGAUGAUGACGAAAAUGAAUUUUAUGAUGCACAAGAACUGUCAGAGACCGACGGAACGUUCUGUCUUAAAAUGCCAACACGAAGCAUGAAUGACAUUAACGGAGGUAGCUCCUCUGAAAGCGAAGAACUAAAUAGCUGUGAAACCGAGCCGCAAUCAAAUAAAUCCCUACAAAUUCCUGUACAAUCGAAAAAUAAUGAUUCAACGCCUUCAGUCGAAGCAACAAAUCAAAUUAGCAAUGCCGUUGUAAAUAAAAUCGGUCGCAAGCCAAGACGUACACGUAUCAAGGAGAAGCCAAAUCAUUCGGUUAAUUUGUGGUCAAUUAUGAAAAAUUGUAUAGGAAAGGAUUUAUCAAAAAUUCCAAUGCCCGUCAACUUCAAUGAACCUAUUUCUAUGUUACAACGUUUAACCGAAGACUAUGAAUAUACUGAUUUACUUGAUAGAGCCGCCGCUUGUACAGAUCCAUGUGAACAAUUGGCUUAUGUUGCCGCAUUCACAGUAUCAUCUUAUUCGACGACGAUCAAUCGUAUAGGAAAACCUUUCAAUCCCUUAUUAGGCGAAACAUUUGAAUGUGAUAGAACCGAUGAUUUGGGUUGGCGUUGUAUAGCCGAACAAGUAAGCCACCAUCCACCGAUGGCUGCAAUGCAUUGUGAAGGUAAAGAAUGGGCUUGCUGGCAAGAAUUCACAAUGACAUCGAAAUUUCGUGGAAAAUAUUUGCAAGUAAUUCCAUUGGGCAAUGCAUAUGUGGAAUUUAAUAAGUCCGGCAAUCGAUAUGGUUGGCGUAAGGUAACAACAACAAUUCACAAUAUUAUUGUGGGUAAAUUAUGGGUCGAUCAUCACGGCGAUAUGAACAUAAUGGGAAGGAAUUCGGCCAAAGGAUACAAGUGUCAUUUGAAAUUUAUUCCAUAUUCGUAUUUUUCAAAAGAUUCACAACGAAAAGUUAAAGGUGUCAUAACAAAUCCGAAUGGUCAAGCCAAAUUCGUUGUCAAUGGAAAUUGGGAUGGUAAAGUAGAAUAUGCGGCAGUAACCAGCGUUAGUGGAUCCGCUGAUAAUCCAGUAUAUCAAACUGGUAAUUAUACGACAAUUUGGACACGUCGUUUACCACCACCGGACAGUGAUAAAUAUUACAAUUUCACUGAACUUGCUUGCCAAUUGAAUGAAAUGGAAGAAGGUGUUGCACCCACCGAUUCAAGACUUCGACCCGAUCAACGUCUCAUGGAAGAGGGUCGCUGGGAAGAAAGUAAUCAAGAAAAAAUUAGGCUUGAAGAGAAACAACGUUCCACACGCCGAAAACGUGAAGCCGAAGCUGAAUCAGCUGCAUCGAGUAAAAGUGCAUAUACCCCAUAUGAACCAUUAUGGUUUAAAAAGGUCAAAGACGAGGAUUGCGAAGGUUUCGAUCAUUUGAUGCACGUUUAUAAGGGCAAUUACUGGGAAGCAAAAAGGAACGGCGAUUGGAAACAAUGUCCAAACAUUUUCUAGUAUUCAUUUACAAUUGCUUGAACCAUUUCAAAUAUUUAAAAGAGAAACAAAAAAAAAAA